CACGUGUCGGGGUGUUUUGGUGGCUGGUCCUCCUAUAUUUUUCCUGGGGAAGCCUGGUGACCUCCCCUGUGCUCCUCCUGUCCAUCCUACACGGCGUUGGUGAUUCGAUUGUCGGAGGGGGAAUAGACGGAGAUCAGAGAUGGUGAACUACUGGAAGUCCAAGGUCCUUCCGAAGAUUAAGACGGUCUUCGACAGGAACGGCAAGAAGGCUGCUGCAGCCGAGGCAUGCAAGUCCUUCGACGAUUCCAAGGAGGACAUCACCAAGGAGCUGGAGGAGAAGAAGGUUGACCUCCAGCCCAAAGUUGUAGAGAUCUAUGAAGCUUCUGCCGUUACGAUCAAGACUUUGGUGAAGAAUCCUACGGAGUCAGGAUUGAAGAAGGGAUCGACUGUCGUGGUUAAGUUCAUCGAGGAACUAGUGAAGAUCGAGUUCCCUGGUUCCAAGCCAGUAAGCGAGGCUGCGACCAAGUAUGGCCCAGCCCUCGUCUCCGGCCCCGUGAUCUUCAUCUUCGAGAAGGUGUGCACCUUACUCCCCGCCGAAGAGCCGCCUGCUCCCUCCGAGCCGGAACCUGCCGCCACCGCCGCCGUCGAGAGCGCCAGCAAGGAGAUCACACCGGAGGCUGCCGAGGAGAUCAAGAAGGAAGAGGCCGAGAAGGUGGAGGAGACCCCAGCUCCCCCUGCUCCCGCCGAAGAGGCGCCGGCACCUCCGGAGCCCGAACCGGCGAAACCGGACGAGCCUGCACCUGAACCUGCCAAGGCUUGAACACCUCAGCUCUCCCCUCCAUAUCAUUCCAUGCAUGGACUUGUACAUCUGCCUUCGCCACCUGCUCUAUGUUUGCAUCAUUUGUUAUUCUUUCUUUGACCUCUUUGCUACAUCACGCCCUAUUGUCUCUCUCCUGUACGUACCUGUCACGAAGUUUCUUUCCUUUUGCAUCUGUGAAGAACAUGCAAACUGUGUAUGAUAAUACUACAUGAUUAAGUGCUGUCUGGUUCACUGUA